GUCCAGCUUAAACCAGUCCUUCUGACACAUGUACUCACUUUGGCUUUAUUUCUCAUGUGAACCUUACAGAUAUGGAGUACGGACGAUUUUCUGCUUGCUCACAGCGGCUACGUUGACAUGUUCAGCCUCUGCUUUCUGUAUAAUUCCAAGUCCAAACCAAGAGUGAGAAUGUAUUCCAGGGUUUGUAUUUUUCUGAUUGGAGCUGUUUUCCUCUACUCUCAGAUCAUUGGAGCAGAAGAUGUCUAUGUUGCUGAGCUGAUGGUGGAAAGUAAUGUCACACUGACGGCCGACACUAUCCUGUCGGUUUUGAAUGGAAUUCUGAGCGUGGAUGGACACACAGUGACCCUCAGUACUACACUUGUAGCAGAGUGCCUGAUUAUUGGAGAUGAAACCAAUUGCAGCUGUUCCGAUGGUUACAUAUGGAGCAACCCCGUGUGCUACAACUACAACUGUUGUAGAGAAGUUCCUUGCACAAAAAACGUGUCCGACAUCACGCCACUCUGCAUUGCCAAAGUCAAAGUUCGCAUCAAUGGAUCAGUGUCACUUAAUGAUAUAGCUCCAUGGGACUCUGGUCUUACUAUUCAGCUUAAAUUGAAAUUGGAGGAACUGAAUGGCUUUGAGAACAUGAGUGUAAGCCAUCGAAGUACCGCAGAUGGGAAAACGGUUGCUGACUUUGUGGCAGAUGUCAGUGUCAUAUUUAAGACUCAAACACUUCAGGAUAUUGUGAAUGAAGCACAAGCACAACUUGGAGCUGUUAUUGUGGUCGACACUGUAGGGAUGGUUAACAUAGAGUCCCCGAGGAACAAGAUUUUCUAUAAUUCAACGGCAGAAAUGAAGUGCACGUUUACAGAGAAGACCGAAAGUGCUAGCUGGAACAUUUUUGGGGAGCAAGGCUUCUAUCAGAUCAAAACCGGCACUGUGGCGAAACUGGAGACCUGUACUGCAGAGGGAUACGGUUCUUGUGUUAAAAUGAAUCUUCUAAAUGCGACAGGCAUCUGGUCAGGCAGAUACAAGUGUGAAUUCAAGAAAGGGUCAGUCCGGCACACAGCCAAAACAGAAUUGAUUGUGGCCCUUCUGCCUGACUUGAUCACCCUGAAGAUUAAACCUCUUACAGUGGACUGCUCAGGGGUAGGGGACAAUACUACGGUGACGGUCACCGCCACCAUCCUAAACAGCAAAGAGCACUUUGAUUUUUGGUGGACCUACCGGAAGGAUGAUAAAUAUAAUAGUUCCAAAACAUCUGUUGGAGAAAACGUUGUUUAUGAGUUCAAUGCUUCGAUCAGUUGCAUGAAAACAACAGAAUCGGACAUUAUCAAUGUCACUUUUAAGAACUCGGUGGCUCAAACUCAAACAAAAAAAAUGGAUAUCCUAGUAAUUUAUGCGGGUGCAAAAUUUUGCAUCGCGGCUGUGGAUGAAUAUGGACAAUCUUGGCCAAAAACCCCGGAAGGAAACACAGUGAUUAUUGAUAACUGUACGGCGGGCAGGGUGGGCUAUAAGUCCCGCACCUGUACAAACACUAAAUGGGAUGACGUGUUCUCCUACUGCGUCGACGCAAAGUUGAACGAAGUUCUGAAUGCUGCAGGCAAAUUCGAGCAGGGACAAGGGGCUACCCAGGCGGUGGCCGAGGAUAUUUUUGAAGGACUUAAGAACAGUUCUUUAUCCGAUGAUUCCAGUGACUCUACGGCCGACGUAACCGCUUCUAUCAAUGUUCUAAAUGUGAUGGCGAGGGCAACAAAGUUCAUUGUUUUGGAAGAGAGUAUCCUUCCUGAUUUUGUUAAUGCUGCAAGCAAUAUGUUGAACAAGACGUGGGGUGGUGUCAACAAGUCUAUUCUUCAUACCAUAUCAUCAACAUAUCUUCACUCUGUAGAAGAUCUGGUGAAGAAUAUUAAGGUCAAUAACAGCAAUGGAUUGAACUCUUCAAAUCUAGAGCUAAAAUUCUGCCCAGAUCCUGACUGCAAUAUGACUGUGUUUGGCAUUGCCGUUAGUAUGAACAAGACCAACGGAACGAUGAAAACUGUUGCAGUGAAAAAUCUAAUGGGAAAAUUAAAAAACAACAUCCACGAUUCGGUGCCUGACAGCAUCUUACUAUCAGUCACACUGAGCAGCAACAUAAGCAAAAUUAGUCUGGUGUUCCCCCAAGAGAAUCCUAGUAGCAACAGACGUAUGUGUGUUUUCUGGGACACUAAAAAUUGUGAAUGGUCAGAAAAAGGAUGCAAUGUGAAGACUACUAAUGGUAAUCACACAGUUUGCGAAUGCGAACACCUGACUUCAUUCGCUACCCUCAUGUCCAAGAGUGAUGUAUCUACUGAGGCCCUGGAUAUGAUUACAUAUGUGGGCCUAGGUGUGUCCGUCUGCUCCCUGCUGAUCUUCCUCAUCAUUGAGUAUCUAGUGUGGUCGGCUGUGGUCAAAUCCAACCUUUCACAUUUCCGUCACACAGCUAUAGUGAACAUUGCCGUGUUCCUCUUGCUCGCUAACUGUAGUUUCUUGGCUUCCAUCUCUCCUAAGAGUCUCAGUGACAACUGGUGCCUAGUUUUGACAAUAUGCAAGCACCUGUUCUACUUGGCCAUGUUCAACUGGAUGAUGUGCAUGAGUGUCAUGCUUGUCCACCAGCUCAUCUUCGUCUUCAGCCCCCUGAGGAAAAAAGUCUUCAUGUUCUUUUCCAGCAUCGUUGGCUAUGUUUUCCCAAUCCUCAUAGUGGGAUCGAGCUAUGUGUAUUGUAAAUACACCGAGAAGGCUUACUAUGAGAGGAAAUCAUGCUGGCUAGUUUUUGAAGGAACCUUGGAGGGUUCCCUGCAUGCUUUCCUCCUUCCUGUGGGAACUGUUAUUUUGACAAAUCUGUUUUCCAUGGUGGUCGUCAUUUUAACUCUGGUGAAAUCCAAUGCCCCUGAGACCAGCAAGACAGAUGACAAGGAGACAGCCAAAAGCAUCCUCAAAGUGGUGGUCUUUCUAACGCCUGUCUUCGGGCUAACAUGGAUUAUUGGCUUCGCUCAGCUCAUGAUGGAUGAAAACAGUCUACCCCAUACUAUUGCCAUCUACAGUUUUACCAUCCUCAAUUCCUUUCAGGGGCUUUUCAUUUUGAUUACAGGUUGUGUUGCAGAGCAGAAGGUUCGAGAAGAAUUGAUUAAGCUCAUUAUGGCAAAGUCAAAAGGAAAAAGUGAGAGCAUGAAGAAUUUGACAUCAACCACCUACUCAAGAGACAAAUGAAGACCAAGAUUGCGGAGACGGAAACAGCACUCUUGUCUGCAGCUCCACCGAUCCUGCUUUGUGUUGGAUUAUACAUUUAGUUCCUAGAUAGUUACAGUAAUGUUUUAAAACUAGGUUUAUUUUUAUUUCAUUUGAUAGCACUGAGCAUUAUUAUUAUUUGUAAGUCUUACACUAAUGGUUAUCAUCCAUGAAGUCAUAUUCUGCUGCAGAAAGAAUUGAAGAUUAGAAUUUAGCUAAAGCAUACAUUUAUAUUUUAAGGGUGAAGUUGAUACAGACUAUUUCCAUUUGUUUGUUAUGUGCCACAAGUUAAACACAAUACUUAACUGUUUAGCUUUAAGAGGAAGCUGUAUCUGGAUGUUUUGUAUUGUGUACAUGGUGUUUGAGCUGUAUAUUUAGUUUUUUCUCUGGGCCCUAUUAUGCUUAUUGGGGGUUUCCCUAUCGUACAGUGUGUUAUAUAGUUUGUUGUUAUGCAUGUAAAUGGACUGCAAAGGCUAAAAUCCCUCUAAAGGGAGUUUCUCUCCAGCACAACCCCCCUCGCCCCUGCCUGAAACGCCUCCAUUGGUCUCCUUUGUUUGACUCUGUAACAUAGUGAGUAACACUCGGGCUUCUAUUGGCUUACGCUCCAUCACAUUGUACGUGAUAGGCUAAAGGGUGGGUCAUCUCUAAACGGUUGAACAAUCACAACAGGGCUGGCCAACUAACCAAUCAGAGCAGUGGGCUGUGGUUUCAGACAGAGGAUGAAAAGAGGUGCUGCAGCACAGGCAGUAUGAGAAACAUAAAGAGCUUUUUGAACAUUAAAGCAUGGAGACAUGUCCCAGUAGAGACAGUACAUACUAAUGUGAAUCAGAAAAUUAGCAUAAUAGGGCCCCUUUAACAAGUUUAAUAAUAGUAAUACAUGAGAUUCAUAUAGCGCUUUUCCUAAUGCUCAAAGACGCUUGACAUAAGAUUGUUCGGCAUGGUUUGAUAAUUUUGCUUGAAUCUGUAAAUGUUAACUACUUGAUUUGAACUAUAACCUGUGUGUCUAACCAGUGUAUGUAUCCAAACAUAUGUAUUGAAGUAAAGACAAGGAAUAUCAUGUAUUUUAUUUGUAUUACCCAAUGAAGAAGUUUAAAUCCAA